CAGCCUGCCAGGCCGCCUAUGUGCUUAUUCGUGACACGAUGCCCCUCCUUCAAGGCUUUCGACCCGAAAGCCCUCUUAGGCCGUUUCAAAUAGCGCUAACAACCCUUUGCUUAGAAACAGAAGUCAUAUUCUGCACGUUACCGUGCUUCCCUUGCUCAGAACAUCGCUGAGAACGGUUUUGUCGUUAUGCCUUGCUCUUGGUGCGCGUCGCAAGGCCUCGUUUGCAAAAUGAUCGCGCGUACGAAGCGUUGCGAAGCCUACGUUCGUCGAGGUCAUUCUUGCGAUGGCUCUGGCAUACCGCUUUCUUCCUUGGAUCGCAUUCUCCAGGAGCAGCGUCGUAUCAAGGAUGCUAAAUAUCGUGCCGAACUUGAGCUAGAUGAAUCUUAAUGCCGUCUGGAAGAAGCCUAGCGUAAGUUGUCCGAAAAGCUUACACGGCUCCGGCGUCUUUAUCAGUAGAAGGAGUUUUUAGUGGAGAAAG